AUCACCUUCACAUAACAUGCUAUCUGUAAGUGGAUAAAUACGUUCUAAAUAUGUGGAUAUAUCUAUAAAUAUAGUCCGGAUAUAUGCCACAUACAUUAUUAUUCCAAGUAUCUUUAAGCAGUGACAUCGAGUGUUAGGCUUCAAAGAUGAAGGUUUUUCUAAGUAUUAGUAUUGGACUUUUUGUACUUUGUUCAAUAGAAUCAAGGUCUCUAAAUAGCAAGCUUUCUAAAAAGCCAAUAUUUAAAGACUUUUACGGAAAGCUAAACAUAGAAGUAAGAGGAAACCCUGGAGAGCCACUGAUAUUAACUGACUUGAUUAAAGCAGGGAAGCUGGAUGAAGCUCAGAACCAAUCACUCGUGCAAGGAUUGGACACAGAGGUUAAAAGUUAUUCCGGCUAUUUCACUGUUGAUAAAAAGCAUGAUUCUAAUAUCUUCUUCUGGUUUUUCCCUUCACAAAGUGAUCCCAGUUCGGAUCCGGUUGUUCUAUGGCUCCAAGGAGGACCAGGAUCUACAUCCAUGUUUGGACUUUUUCAAGAAAAUGGACCUCUUACAUUAAAAGAUGGUGAGCUUGGUAUUAGACCAACGUCUUGGAAUAGAAAUCACUCAGUUAUCUACAUCGAUCAGCCAGCUGGAACUGGAUGGAGUUAUACUAAUGGAGGAUACGCCAAGGAUCAGCAUAAAGUAGCCACUGAUUUGUACGAAGCCUUGCAACAAUUUUUCACCCUCUUCUAUCAAUACCAGGAGAGAGAAUUUUUCGUUACAGGCGAGUCUUAUGGGGGAAAGUAUGUUCCCGCUAUAAGCUAUAAAAUUCACCAAGAGAACGAGGAUGCAAAGUUGAAGAUCAAUCUUAAAGGUUUGGCUAUAGGUAAUGGUUUUACUGAUCCUAAAGUACAAGUGAGAUAUUCAGACUACGUCUAUCAACAUGGACUCAUUGAUUUGAAAACGAGAAAUGCGCUCCACAAAAAAGAAAAUAAAGCUGUACAGGAUAUAACAUCAGGGGAGUACUAUAAUGCAUUUGAAUUAUGGAAUGAAAUCGUAGGCACUAUACAAGAAUAUACGGAAUUAGAUAUAUACAACUAUCUGUCACUUAAAGGAAGCGCUGCUGAUGAAGAAGAGUUAAACGAAUUUUUCAGUAAAGAAGAGGUAAGAAAAGCAAUUCACGUUGGCAGCACUGAAUUCGGCGAUGGUGAGGUUUAUACAAAUCUUGAAGAAGAUAUUCCCAAAUCGGAGGCACAUAAAGUCGCUGAACUCUUAAAGCACUAUCGAGUUUUAAUCUACAAUGGGCAAACAGAUCUUAUAGUUCCUUAUGCUUUAACAGUAAACUAUUUGCAGCAAUUACACUUCCCUGGGUCUGAAGAAUACGCAGAAGCAGACAGGACUGUAUGGCAUGAUGAUAACGAUUCCGAUGUGGUUGCUGGGUACGUGAAAACAGCUGGAAAGUUAACAGAAAUUAUGGUUAGGAAUUCUGGCCAUAUGGUACCGACAGAUCAACCAGAAUGGGCUUUGCAGCUCAUUAAUAAAUUUACCAGAAAUAUACCUUUUAAUUAAAUUUAAUUAAAAUUAUAUAGUAUUUAAUAAAUACGCUAAACAUUU